GAAGAAGCAAAGACAACAACAAAAAGGCAAAACAUAGAGCAGUGCUCAUCGAGUUUUUAUGAGUCAUAUUUCUUGCUCAUUCACUAGCAGCACGCAGUUUGGAACAGUCGCAACGUUUCGGGAAGAGAUUUCGGGCUUUUUGGCGUAGGAGUAGGAGGAAAAUGUCUGCCAAAGUGUGAAAAUUGGUUUUUCAUUUUUGUGUUUUAUGAGAUGAAAAUGUGAAGAGAUCGUAGUUUGAGGAUUUCCUAGGUGAUUCCGGGAACCACGGAACCGGAAUGCAGCAUCCCAAGGUGGACGUCAAGCUGUUCCUGUGGGGUCUCUUUUUGCUGCAGAUUUUCCUGAUAUCGGUAUUUCUGGCGUUUGGAUCGCUGCUGGCCAGUAACAUCCACCAGGAUGACCUGACGACGGCCGGGGGUUCGACCCAGGCUGCCUCGGGGAAGGCGAAAUCGCCCUGGUUCAAUGUGAAAUUCAUCCUUGAACCGACCAGCGAUGGGGCCGAGCUGGUCACGACGGUCAGACCCCCCGGGCCAGGAGGAGCGCGGAUGAGACACCCCCGGUUCAGGCCACUGCAGCUGAAGGCCGUCCCCAAACCGGACAACUACACCAAAUACUACAGGUGGAUCUACUACCACGACGGCUACCGGGAGCAGCGGCGGCUAUGCUUCAUCGAGGGAACCCACUUCCCGGUGGCCGCCAAACCCGCCACCAAACCACAACCACCAACAACCACAACCAAUGAGACUGAUGUUGACGCAGGAGGAGCAGGAGAAGAGUUAGCUGUAGGCGAGAGACGAAUGGAAGAGAGCGAGGAUGAGGACAACGAGGUCAACCCGGACGGGCGGUGCCGGUGCAAAGCCGAGUGGCACGGGCCGGACUGCGGCCAGCCGGAGGUGCUGUGGCGGGCGUUUAUUGCGUCGCGGAUCCCACCGAGGAACCAGACGGCCGCCCCGAGGAAGAUCCCCAAGGGGGUGUUUUACGUGAUCGAUACGACGUUCAUAAGCGUGGAAGUGCUGGAGAUGCAGAUGAUGGAGCUGAUCGACGUGGUGAGCAUGUUUGUGCUGUGUGAUAGACAGUUAGGGGAGGGAGGUGCGGUGGGGGGCAUGAAGAAGGACGCGUACUCGAUCGGGGAUCACCUGAAGAGUACGGACUUUUUGCGGGAGAACUUGGCUCGGAUAUUGCUGGUUGAAGACGUGACCUGCAGCGGGCGGAACGUGCUGCGGAAGAUGCGGAAGUUCAUCGGCAGGAGUGACCUGCACGGUGAGGAUGUGUUGUUGUACAGCCGGACGGACGAGAUUCUGAACCGACGGGCCGUGAACUACUUCCGGUGGUACGACAACUGGCCGCAGCCGGUUCGCUUCCGGCUCAAGUACAACGUGUUUGGGUUCUUCUGGCAGCAUCCGGCCAGCACGCUCAUCGGAGGUGCGGCCUGUCAAUUAAGCACGGUGGAUGAAGUGUACCGGUCCGAUCCGGAUCGGCUGAUGCGGAUCGAAAAGCCGGUCAUGCUCAUCGGUGAUCUGAACCAUUACGGGGGCUGGUACUGUCGACACUGCUACCAACCGAUAGACAUAGUGAAAUAUUUAGAAUUCAUAGCAUUAGUCAAUACUACGGAGUCGUCGCCGUCGGCGGUUCUUCCCGAUCCCAAAAAGGCCACCGUCAUGGACGCCGAGUACGUGCAGAACCUGAUUGCCAGUGGGCGAUACUUUGGCGACGAGGCGCUCACCCUGAGCAAGCUACAGCGCCACGUGGACAAGUAUUACGCGCCGGAAUACGUGCGGAAGAACAGCUGGCGGUUCGACAACGUCGUCAUCAACCUGUUUGCCCGCUGGGAGGACAGCGUCAUCGAUGAUGAGUACUUUAGCUAGGCAUACGUACCAAGUACGGCAACAAAUUUUUUGAUGAUUGACGGAAUCGCAUUUUCUGGAAUCGAAUCUCAUGUUUCUACACGUUUAUUUUUGUUCAAUCAAUAUUGAGUUCAAAUCUUCAGUUUAUACGACAAGACAACAGAUUGCGCUAGUGGGCAACAUGAUUUGUUAUUUGUAAAUAUAAUUUAUACCAUUCGUGUCCGCUUGUCUGUGCUUCAAUCUCAGCUUUUGUUUCUUUAAUUGUUUGCUCAAAUAACUAUGACUUCAAAAGAAAGCUUACAUUCUUUCCAUUGAAACUACUAGAUUUGAGUGUGAUCACAUUGUUUUAAAAAACAUUGUUCAUUGUUUACAAACAUUUAGCGACUUUUGACGUAUUAUCUGCGAAUAUAUUAGAUCAAAUUUUCUCCAAAAAAUACACACUCAUUAAUUGAGUUUUAAUUGUAACUACAUUUUACUUAAAGCUAAGAGUAAUUACAGAGGAUCUUGUGGUAGAGAGGAUUAUGAGAACGGAUCACAUUUCACAGAAUCUACAGGGGAGGCAGGAUGCGUGGACAUACCGUACCAAACGCUCCGGAAAAUAUGUUUUUACUGAAGCAACCGUCAAAAAACCAAAUGAAUUCAAUUUAUAAAAUAAGAUCAUUUGAUGAGAGAUGAAAAUUCCAGAAAAUACGAUUUCAAAACAAAAUGUAAACUCACACACCAUCCAAACUCUAGCACACACUCACACACUCACAUAAUCAAGUCAGCAAUCGAUAUACAAACAACUUCCUACGAAUCAUCAUAAUCAUACGCGCAGCGCCAUACAAAACUACAUUUUUCAUCUAGCAUAAACAAGCAAAAAAAAAAAACAUCAAGAGAAAGGAAAAAAGCCAACUCUGUACGAUAAUCACAAAACUCAACCAAAAUAAAAACUCUAGAAAUCUAACCUUCUCCUAAAAAAACAAGAAAUAAACCGAAAGCGAGCUUGGGAAACUGCGUGUUGUGUGCAAGCAAAGUUUGGCUAGGAAAGGAUUAACCAAAUUACUAGGAGAGAAGCAAACCCCGAUUAGAUAGUGAACGAAAACGAAAUUUUGGCCUGAACGUAACUUUUUUCUAUGAAUGUAAAGAUUGCUGGUUUUUUUUUUUCAAUAGCUCUCUCUCUAUCAAAUUCAACGACUAUUUUUAGGAAAAUUGGCACAGUUCUACAAUCAUUUGUUUGUUUGGAGGAAGGAAGUGCGCGAAGUGAUAGAAUAAAUAAACAAACAAACUGCUGAGAAGAAAAAAAAACAAUGAUAGCCUGUGUAAUAUCUUAGAACUUAAGUAAGUAUACCUGAUAUUAUAAAUUAUAGUUACUAAUUGCGUGGCAAAGAAACGCGGCAAACUACCAAAAAUACGCAAGGCCAUCGGUUGAAACAAAACAAAAAGUAUCUACACACUUAAUUAAUUUAGGUAAAUUCAAGCAACAAACGACUACAUUCGGAUAAGUGCAGUUUUGUGAUUGAUUUCUGAACCAAAAUAUAUUGCGUUGCAUUCGUUAAUACUUUCAGGAAA